UGUCACAGGGCCCCGGGAACGGCACGAGGGAGUCGGAAGCAACCAGGCCUAGCUAGUUCCUUAGGCCUCUCUAGCCAAAGGAACCAUAAAGAACAGAUUGGGCUUCUUCCUUUCCUCCUCUCUGUGGUUCCGCUCGCAGCUUCCGGUUCCGGGGAGGGGCGAGUUUUCUUCGAAGAUUAGGGGCUCUGCACUGCAGCCAGGAUGGCUGUGGUGUCGCUGCUGUUGUUUGGGGGUUUGUGGAGUGCUGUGGGAGCGUCCAAUCUGGCUGUCGUUACAUGCGGUUCUGUAGUGAAGCUGCUCAAUACGCGCCACAACGUCCGACUGCACUCACACGACGUGCGCUACGGGUCAGGUAGUGGGCAGCAGUCGGUGACAGGUGUAACCUCCGUGGAUGACAGCAAUAGUUACUGGAGGAUACGGGGGAAGACCGCCACCGUGUGUGAAAGGGGAACCCCCAUCAGAUGUGGUCAGCCCAUCCGACUAACACAUGUCAACACUGGCCGAAAUCUCCAUAGUCACCAUUUCACCUCACCUCUUUCUGGAAACCAGGUGAGGUGGCAUCCCGUGGAUCACUGCUGCUCUACCGAGGAGUACUCAGAGGUGAGUGCUUUUGGUGAGGAAGGUGAAGGCGAUUAUCUGGAUGACUGGACAGUGCUCUGUAAUGGGCCCUACUGGGUAAGGGAUGGUGAGGUGCGGUUCAAGCAUUCUUCCACCGAGGUUCUGCUGUCUGUCACAGGAGAACAAUAUGGUCGACCCAUCAGUGGGCAAAAAGAGGUGCAUGGCAUGGCCCAGCCAAGCCAGAACAACUACUGGAAAGCCAUGGAAGGCAUCUUCAUGAAGCCCAGUGAACUAUUGAAGGCAGAAGCCCACCACACAGAGCUGUGAGUCUGGAGGAUGUGAGCCACUGUUACUGCACAGUGUUCAUAGACAUCUGCUGCUCCUUCCCCCUUUGGAUUUCUGCCACAGGCUCCCUGGGCAGUGGCCAUGUCACCACUAAGAUGAAGAUGCGUGACAGAAGACAGAGGCUAUAUUUGGAAGCUUCAUUCCUUCAUACUUGAAUUGGUGGUUCUCCCAGACUUGGGUCAGUUCUUUCUGAGUACAGGACUUGUUUGUGAAGGAACAGAUGCUUUUUAUUCAUACUAAUAAAACAAACUGAGGGAGACAUCCCUCCUAGCUGGGAAAUUUUUAUUCCUUAGAAUCUUGGCAUCAUGGAUUAUUAAUGUUUGUGACUUUUCUUCUACUUUCUUUCUCCAAAUUGAAAAAAAUUUCAUUGUUA